AUUAAACCCCUAGCGACGUCGUCUCUCCCAUUCUCUCGCGAGUCAGUUGCGAUCCGCCGGAGAAGUCCUCGAUGUUUGUUUCAGUUCUGAGCGGCGAACGAUUCUGAUCAUCUCUCUCUGUUUCACGGCGAACCAUGGGGAAGAAUUCGAAGAAGAAGAAGGAGAAGCCAAUCCUUUCCAAAGAGGAGAAAAAUGCUAAGAAGGCGCUCAAGAAGAAGAAUCAGAAAGAGAGGGUGAAGAGUAAGACAGGAGAGGAAAGAAGCGAACCGGAGGAAGCGUGUAGAGGAAGAAGACGCACAAGCAAGCCCUAGAUCUACUGCCUCUACCUCAAAGAAGAAGAAGAUGAAGAAGAGUAACGAAAGCCCUACCUUAAAGAUCAAGAAAGCUGAGAAGAAGAGGUCAAAAAAGCUCAAGAAACUGGAGAAGUUGAGGGAGCCUCUGAUACUAACCAAGGAAGAACAAGAUAGGAUCGAUGAAUUGAAGAGUAGACCCAUCAUAGCAUGGUGGGAUUUCGAGAAUCUUUCAUAUCCUUGGGUUGGAGUGUAUAAAAUGAUUCUGAAUAAGCUCAGGCGUGAGGGCUAUACUGGUAAGCUUGAGCUCCAUGCCAUUGUGGGGUACAAGGGUGAUAAAGAGCCUAAACAGGACAAGACUUUCACAAUGCAUUACGGUGACCUUAAUCCUAGACCAACCAAGGGAACCAAGGGUGAUCAGAAAGCAGACAAUCAUAUGAGAAAACUGAUCCUCAGAACACGCUUCUCAUCACAAAUGACAACGGUUUCAGGGAGGAAUUGGAUUUGUUGAGAGCCGCUGGACACGGUGUCUUGUUGGCUACUAUGCAAAAGUCUCUGAUUAUCAAAGCGGGAAGCCACAAAGUCUGGUUCUGGAAACACGAGAUUGUCCAACAAGACUAAGUACAAAUCUAGGGAGAAGCAACGAAAGCAGAACAUGCAAGCGAGGAUAGAGAGAAAACGGCAACAUGCACAUAUCUUUUUAGUUUCUCUGUCUUUGUUGCAAUGUCGCUGAUAAUCUUUCUAAGAAACACAAAGUAGAUAGCCACUUGUUCUUUUUUUUUGUUGUUGUUUGUUUGUUUGUCAGCAGCCACUUGUUCUUGAUGUAAAAAAUCACCGUGAGAAACUGAGAAAGUAUAGGUCGGAUUCAUGGAAGAUCAGAGAAUGAAAAGGAUGAAAAUUUCUUGGAA